GCACAAGGACGUACAACUGAUCCCAAAGCUGCGGAUCGUUGUUGUCUUGCCACAUUUCUUCAAGGACAAAGCGCUUUAACCCACAAAACAGCGCAGCGUAGGCGGGGACCAUGAUCAACACGGCUCCGGAUAUUUAUGUCAACUCUUUAUACUUUUUAUUUUUCACUUCUUAGCGGACUGAUUACGAUUAAAAGCGCUAAAGCUAAGAAUUACUGCAGAAAAGAUAGUCCCUUCGUUCAACUUGCAUCUGUUUUUGGCAAGUUGCUGCCUGGUCAAUCCUUAUAAGUGGUUACCAUGGGAUUCCUGUCUGUCUCGAGCUACUGCGAGUCCAACUCCUCCGUCUCCAAAACCUGGGUAGACCAAGGCUUUGCUCCAUGUUUCUACUUCACCCUUGUCCCCACUGUACUUCUGUCUUUCUCCUUUCUACUCGGGACGCUACACUGCAUCUUCUACCAAAAAUAUGGCACCCAAAUGGAGCCGAAAUUCAGACCACAGUCUUGUUUAUACAUCGUGCAACUAGGUUUAUCUGUCAUAGUUAUGCUCCAAUUUGUAGUGUUGGUUAUUUGGAGGGUAGCGAGUGGUGGAGAGCUUCCUGGUUACAUUUUGUUGUAUGGGAUAUUUAGUGGGAUGGUUUGGUUCUGGGCGAUUGGUUUGCUGAGAGUAGAGAGGAGGAGAGCCUUGUUGAUGGACAGAAUCAGGGGACACAGCGCAGUGUUGUUGUUGCUUUGGGCAUUAGCGUUCGCAGCUGAGAAUCUAGCCUUCAUCUCCUGGUUCAGUCCACAUUGGUGGUGGAGCAUCGACACCAUCAAGCAACAGGUGGAGUUUUCUCUGUGGUUCAUCAGAUACUCAUGCACUGGUCUGCUGUUUUUCAUUGGACUCAAAGCUCCAGGGUUACCACGGAAACCAUACAUGCUCCUGAUCAAUGAGGACGAGCGCGACGUGGAGCAGAGCCAACAGAGCCUGCUGGGAGCAGAGUCGGGCAGCGCCUCCACAUGGCAGGGCUUCAGACGGAAGAUUUGUCUCCUUUUGCCGUACAUGUGGCCCAGGGGAAACCUGCUCCUACAGCUCCUGGUGCUCUUCUGUCUGGGGCUUCUGGGAGCGGAGAGGGCCAUCAAUGUGUUUGUGCCCAUAUACUACAAGAACAUAGUGAAUGAACUGACUGAUAACAGCCCCUGGCGGACUCUGGCCACUACAGUCUGUAUCUAUGUCCUCCUCAAGCUGCUGCAGGGAGGAGGAGCAGGCUCGUCUGGUUUUGUGAGUAACCUUCGCUCCUUCCUGUGGAUCCGAGUGCAGCAGUUCACAAACCGAGUGGUGCAGCUUCGACUGUUUGCCCACCUUCACUCUCUGUCUCUGCGCUGGCAUCUGGGACGAAAGACCGGAGAGGUGCUGAGGAGCAUCGACCGAGGAACCAGCUCCAUCAACUCCCUGCUGAGUUACAUUGUCUUCAGUAUCUUCCCGACCAUCGCUGACAUCGUAAUUUCUAUCAUUUACUUCAUCACAUAUUUCAACGCCUGGUUUGGUCUCAUUGUAUUUGUCUGCAUGACACUGUACCUAACAUUGACAAUUAUUAUUACCGAAUGGAGAACAAAGUACAGGCGUGAUAUGAACCAACAGGAUAACAACGCCAAGUCUAAAGCAGUGGAUUCUUUGUUAAAUUUUGAGACGGUGAAGUACUACAAUGCAGAAAACUACGAGGUUAGCAGAUUUGAAGACGCCAUCUUGAAAUAUCAGGAGUCUGAAUGGAAAACUCAGGCGUCUCUAGCAUUUUUAAACCAGACACAGAACAUCAUUAUCGGCUCUGGUCUUCUGGCUGGGUCCCUGCUUUGUGCCUACUUUGUCACUGAGGGCAAAUUUGAGGUUGGAGAUUUUGUCCUAUUUGGCACAUAUAUAAUUCAGCUCUACACUCCACUCAACUGGUUUGGGACUUAUUACAGAAUGAUCCAGAACUCAUUUAUCGACAUGGAAAGUAUGUUUGAACUAUUCGAAGAAGAGGAAGAGGUCAAAGAUGUAGUCAAUGCUGGUAACCUAAACUUCCGACAAGGAAAAGUGGAAUUUGAAAAUGUUUAUUUCAGCUACACCAGUGGCAAAGAAAUCCUCAAUGAUGUCUCCUUCACUGUACUUCCGGGACAAACUGUUGCUUUGGUUGGCCAGUCUGGGUCUGGAAAGAGUACCAUAAUUCGUCUGCUGUUUCGUUUCUACAACAUUCAGGGAGGUUGUAUUCGCAUCGAUGGACAAGACAUAUCUCAGGUGAAACAGACAUCUCUCCGUUCUCACAUUGGCGUAGUUCCUCAGGACACAGUUCUGUUUAAUGACAACAUUCGGGACAACAUUCGGUACGGCCGAAUCUCCGCCUCCGACCGCGAGGUGGAGGAGGCAGCUGUGGCUGCAGACAUCCACGAUAAAAUCAUGGCUUUCCCUGAAGGCUACGACACACAGGUGGGUGAGCGAGGGCUGAAGUUGAGCGGGGGAGAGAAACAGAGAGUGGCCAUCGCUCGGACCAUCCUCAAAGCUCCACAGAUCAUACUAUUGGAUGAGGCAACAUCAGCAUUGGAUACUCAAACUGAGCGAAACAUCCAGGCUUCAUUGGCAAAAGUCUGUGCCAACCGAACAACCAUUGUUGUUGCGCACAGGUUGUCCACGAUCAUUGGAGUUGACCAGAUUUUAGUUGUGAGGGAAGGACGAAUCGCAGAGAGGGGACGACAUGAGGAGCUGUUAGCCAAAGGAGGGUUGUAUGCAGAUAUGUGGAUGAAACAACAAUCCCAAGACACAGACUCCUCCUCAGACACAGAGACUAAAGACAGACAGUCUGAAAAACUACAGCCUCCUGCUAUGUCUUCACAGCAGCACCAUCACUAAAAAAAACAUGUAGAUUUAUUAUUUAUUCUUUAACUUGAUAAAAAUGGGUGGCUACUGGGGAAUGCACAGUAUUAGUCUUUUAAAGUGCAAUGAAAAGAUAUGUAUAGGUAUAGUGCCUUAAGACAAUGACUUCAAUUAAAUAAGAACUGGUUUGAAUCUGAUUUAAGCCUCAUUUUAGUCCUGGUACAGACCUGGUUUAGUCCUGGUUUAGACCUGGUUUACUGCAACUCUUGUGGAGUGUUCUCAGUUUGCAGUGAUCUGUCAGGAGGGGUCAAGGCUUGCUUUAUAUCUUGCUUAGUCCUGGUUCAGACCUGUUUUUUCCUGGUUUACACAUGGUUUAGUCCUGGUUUAGUGCCGCUCUUGUGUGGUCUUGUAAGGUCUGGAAUCUAUCAGAGGCACUUUUAGGCCUGGUUUAGUUUUGCAUUAGAACUGGUUUUGCCUUGGUUUAGUCCUGUCCUGGUUUAGUCCUUGUUUACAUAAUAACUUUACUAUGUAUAUUGUACUAAAAGUACUGACAUCUGAUCAUUGUAAAAAUGUAUACCAUUUACUGGCCCCUAGUGGAAUUUGACAGACCACUAUAUAAAAAUGUAACUUGGGUGCAGGUGAAUGUUACGGGACUAUUGCACUGAAUUAAGGUAAUACUUGAUUAAAUGGCUGGCUGCUAUCUUUUUAAAUAAUUAGUUUGUUUGUGUUUUCCGUCAGGGAUUUUGUCAAUGUUAUUUUUAUGUGUAAAGUAUGACAUUUUGUAUAAAAGAAAUUGACAAGGUCACAAUGCAACGUGACAAUGUAAUGUUUUAUUUUAUUAUUUUUGUUGCUUAAAAUAAAUCUAAAUACAAUGUUUUUCAUGUAUUAAACCAUUUGAACAAGAUC